AUGGGCUCUAAAACAGCAGAGAAUGACAGCCAGGGAGGUGGUGAUGCUCCUCCCAGUUCAACCAAGGCGAACGCCGCUGGUGGGGAACCACGGGGUGCCCAUUGGUCUCGCGACGGCGAUGGCUCGCUCGGAGAAGGAGACGCAGAUGACGAUGCCGAUGGCGAUAAUAUCACCUGCACCGUUACCCUGUUGAACUCGCAAACUGCACCUUCAACAAAUCCGAAAAAGAAACGAAGAAGGCCGAAGAAGAAGUCCUCUGUGUUGAAGCAAUCUUCACCACCGCGAAUUCCUCUCGCCGAACUCUUUCCCAAUCGCCAGUAUCCACAUGGUGAAGCUCAAAUCUAUGAGUCUGUGGUCGAAAAUACCGCCCGUACAACCGCCGAGGAAGUCCGACACCAGUCCCGUCACCACAUCGAAGAUGACACCUUCUUGAACGACUAUCGCAAGGCUGCCGAGGUACACCGCCAAGUGCGACACUGGACGCAAGAGAGCGUUCGUCCGGGCCAGACCCUCACGGAGAUUGCUGUGGGAAUCGAGGAUGGUGUGAGAGCGUUGCUCGACAAUGCUGGCCUUGAGACUGGGCAAGGUCUGAUAUCCGGAAUGGGCUUCCCCACGGGCCUGUCACUCAACAAUUGUGUUGCGCACUAUACGCCGAACCCUGGUCAAAAGGAUGUGGUCCUGGACUCAAGCGAUGUCAUGAAGGUCGACUUUGGCGUUCAUAUAAACGGCUGGAUUGUUGAUAGUGCCUUCACAAUGUCCUUUGACCCAACCUACGACAAUCUCCUUACCGCUGUCAAGGACGCAACCAAUACUGGCAUCAAGAAUGCCGGGGUCGACGUCCGCAUUAGCGAUGUAAGCGCUGCCAUACAGGAAGCGAUGGAAAGCUACGAGGUUGAUAUCAAUGGCCGGACGUUCCCUGUCAAGGCAGUACGCAACAUCACUGGACACAAUAUUGAGCAGUAUCGCAUCCAUGCCGGGAAGUCUAUCCCAUUUGUCAGGAACAAUGACAACACCAAGAUGGAAUUGGGGGAGAUAUUUGCCAUCGAAACAUUCGGGACAACCGGUCGUGGUUAUCUGUUUGAUGGGCCUGGGGUGUAUGGUUAUGGUAAAGACCCAUCCGCACCAAAAAAGAUCACGUCGCAUCUUGCCAGCGCCAAGUCCCUCUAUCAGAAAAUCAACGAAAACUUUGGCUCCCUCGUCUUCUGCCGCCGCUAUCUUGAACGGCUUGGCGUCGAGCGUUAUCUGGCUGGUAUGAACAGCCUUGCAUCAAACGGGUAUGUAGAGGUCUACCAGCCUCUGAUGGACGUCAAAGGAUCGUAUUCUGCGCAAUUUGAACACACCAUUCUGUUGCGAGAAUCAGGCAAGGAGGUGAUCAGUCGUGGAGAUGACUAUUGA